CUCGCCAGCGUCGAACUGUGUCACAUAGUAUCAGUUGAAGGCUUGAAACAUCGACACCCUGCGACCUGAGCGCGACUCCGACAGCGACUUCAAAACCUUGUGCCUAUAUAACGUAGCGCCUCACCUCCAAGGAUGCACCAGCCGUGCCUCAUGUUGCAACCCGGCUCAAGAUGUGCGGCGGCUGCGAGGCUUUGCGCUGCGCGGGGACGGAGCAUUCUGCUGCCGACACAGCUCGGACUCAGCAGCGCUGCCGGCCCUCACGUCGUCACUGGCGCGCAGCUUCCAGGCCCUCGCCUGGGCUGGGUCGCUCUCCGCGGCCGGAAACAGCAGCUUUGCAGAGCUCUUGACUCGGAUAAACCUGGUGACUCUGAGCACAAGGGCGAUAACGCGGACGACGAGAUUGACCGAUUGCUAGGGCUUGGGAAGUACGCGGGCAGCGGCGUUUUUGGGCGAAGCACCGGCGAGGGCCAGGCCAGCAUCUUCACAAAUGCAGAGUUUGAGAAGCCGCUGGCUGGCGGCAACACGGAGGUUCAGGAGACGCUAGCGGAUGUCGUGCAGAUGGAGGUUCGGCGGGUGCGGGCGCGUGCGGAGCUGGAGGCGGACAUGGAGGAGCGCAAGCAGCAGCUGAGGGCCAUGGGCGAGGAGAUGAAGGCGGCUCUGGCGCGGGAGUAUGAGCUGGACCGGCAGAGGGCCGAGAUGGGCGCCAACUACCACAUGUCCGAGGCGCUGUCCCAGCUGGAUGACGUGGAGGCCGACAUACGCCGCAUCAAGGAGCAGCUGCAGGCCGACAAGGCGGACCUGGCCGCCUGGGAGGUGCGGUCCGCGGAGGAGCGCAGCAAGGGGCUGUUCUUCAAGUCGCUGUACGCGGUGGAGAAGGAGAAGCGGCAGCCCGUGGGCAAGUCCAUCCCCGGCUACUACCGGAAGCAGCGCGAGGCGGCGGCGGCGGCGGGGCAGGAGGGUGCCGAGGCUGAGCCCGGGUCGUCGACGUGGGACGCCGAGGCGGUGGCAGCGGCGGCGGAGAGGCCCCUGUCCGCAGCCAGCAAACAGGUCCGCUCGCCCUUCCGUCUGUACCUGUUCUCCUACCUGUCCGCCUUCCUGGCGCUGGUGGUUGUGAACGACCUGGCGGUGGUGGCCCAGGCAGACCCGGCGGCGGCGGCGGUUGGGCACGCGGUGUGGAAGGACGUGCUGUAUGGCGCGCUCAGCAGCGGGCUGGCGCUGGUGGCGGCGAGGGAGCGGGCGGCGCUGGGGCAGGCGCAGGACCUGAUGCUGGACGGCAUCCGCCGCACCACCACUAGUGGCAGCGGCAGCGGCACCAGCACUGGGCCCGGCAGCGGCGGCAGCCGCCGCCGCCGGCGCGGCGAGUAGAGCGCUGUGGAGCAGGCAGCCCCCGCCGCCACCGCGACGCGCGGUAGCCGCAGCAGCAGUCAAAGCUGCUGCAGCUGCGGCGGUCAGUCAGGAGCAAUGGGCGGCGCGUGGAAGGGGAGGCGCGGUGCUUGCGUGGGAGCGCGAACAGUUGCAGUACUCUGGCGGCGGAGCUGCAGAAUUACUAAGAACGAGGGAAUGGCAGGGGCACAAUUGCUGCGCGCAUUUGGGGGGCGCCACUUCAUCGCGGCGUGUGCGCCAUGUACAAAAGCCAGGUCACAGCAUGUACACGAGGGCGGAUCGAAGAAGGAAGGAGCUGGCGUGACCAUUGCGCGUCGAAGCGCUGCCUUGUAUUUCAUUUUGCAGCCUACAAAGUUGACGUUAAACUCCUUCCGUGCAAUUUGUGUGUGUGUGUGUGUGUGUGUGUGUGUGUGUGUGUGAGCGUGUGUGUGUGUGUGUGUGUGUGUGUGUGUGUGUGUGUAUUUGUGUUGCUGUGUGCGUGUCGCGCGGGUCUGCAUGCGCCUUGUGUAACUAUUGCAACGCGCAAUCGCACGGCGGUGCAUGUGACAAUGAAGGCUCCCAUUGUUGCUGGGAACAGUUGUGGUUGCUGGUGCGGAUGCAGAUGCACCUUGAAGCUGGUGUGUACCAUAAAUGAUCCCUCCAGGCCGUCUGCACAAGCGCAUUUGUGUUGAUUACGUCCUACCAAUGCUGCGCGAUCGUUAUUGCAGCAGCCCAUUGAUUGUGUACGGUUGUCGUCCGGGGCAGGGAGUGUGUGUCUGGUAGCAGCAUGGGGCUGCCCCUGCUGUUGCGGUCGCCGUCACACUCGUGUGCGUCAUUCGACACGAGCCGCGUGCGGCACCGUAACGCCAGGGCUGCCGCUCGCUCCCACGCACGCACGCUCCCCAGCGUUGUCAACCCAACGCGCCACAGCCCCCGGCGGCAAUGUGUAAAUUACCCUCCUGCGUGCGCCGUAUUGUCUGGCGAUUGUAUUGUGUGAUGUGAUUCUGACAAUGGCGGUUGGUCUUGACGCUUGAGGCUUGCUGAGCACAAGUUCAAGUUGAGGAUUGGCGUGAUGGGGGCGAACCGACAAAGAGGCUGUAUACCCGUGCUUGUGAAGUCGUGAAGUCAUGAAGCUGGGAGCCCCGGGCGGUCUGGUGCUGAGAAGACCAAAACCUGUGUGUGGUGUGCCGUGCUCGCGACUUGGAGGCUGGUAAUGGUACGGUAUGUUGGUGGCCGCCCUGGCGUUUCCUUGCCCUGCCUCCCCGAUGCCGUGUGUGUCAUGACUGCCGCGCACGGCGAGGGACGCGUAUUAUUUGUGGGGGACAGGCGCAGCGGCGGGUAGUGACACGUAGCUGUUAGCCAAUGCAAGUUGCGUACCGGUACCGGUAUCGUGCAAUGGCUACGUGUAGAUGAACGACACAUAACUUGCGCUGCGCUGCGCGCCGUGCUGUAGGUUGCUGGGUUGUUGGCGGCCUGGGUGUGGCCGUGUCGGUGCAGGGGUGGGUGCAAUGGGUGCAGGGUCUGGCCCCAGGCUGAGUACGCUGGGGACAGCCGGCACAUACGAUAUGCUGCUGCUGCCGAUGAGAGGGACACAAGGCGACACGCGGCGAGGUGCACGCCUAUACGGUAAUUGAGCACGCUUGUAACGUUCGAGAGAU